AAACUAAAAAACACAAACAUCACAUGUAUACAAACAUAUAGUUACAAACACACAUACACAAAACACAGAUAUAAACAUGUCUUGUAAUAAUAAAUCAUUAUUAAUCGGCAACAAAGUCGUCGUUAUACUUGUAUUCCUCUUAUGUUUGGUUCACUCGUCAGAGUCACUUCGGCCACUCUUUGCAUGCGACCCGGCAAACGGGUUAACCCGGACGCUCCGGUUCUGUCGGGUCAAUGUACCGAUCCAUGUGAGAGUUCAAGAUUUGAUCGGAAGGCUCACGUUGCAGGAGAAGAUCCGCAACCUCGUCAACAAUGCUGCCGCCGUGCCACGCCUUGGUAUUGGAGGAUAUGAGUGGUGGUCCGAGGCUCUCCACGGCGUUUCCGACGUCGGUCCUGGCUCUAAGUUCGGUGGUGCUUUUCCCGGCGCCACCAGCUUCCCUCAGGUCAUAACUACCGCGGCUUCUUUCAACCAGUCUCUAUGGGAAGAGAUCGGACGGGUGGUGUCUGAUGAGGCAAGAGCUAUGUACAAUGGAGGCGUGGCCGGUCUGACAUAUUGGAGUCCAAAUGUGAAUAUAUUGAGGGACCCACGGUGGGGCAGAGGUCAAGAAACUCCCGGAGAAGACCCUAUCGUCGCUGCAAAAUACGCCGCCAGCUAUGUCCGGGGACUUCAAGGCACCGCCGCCGGAAACCGCCUUAAAGUCGCCGCAUGUUGCAAACAUUACACUGCUUAUGAUCUUGAUAAUUGGAAUGGCGUCGACCGUUUCCACUUCAACGCUAAGGUCACCCAACAAGAUUUAGAGGACACAUACAAUGUGCCAUUCAAAUCAUGUGUUUACGAAGGAAAGGUCGCGAGUGUAAUGUGUUCGUACAACCAAGUCAAUGGAAAGCCCACAUGUGCUGAUGAAAAUCUCUUAAAGAACACUAUUCGUGGUCAAUGGCGUCUCAAUGGGUACAUUGUCUCAGAUUGUGAUUCUGUUGAUGUUUUCUUCAACCAACAACAUUACACUAGCACUCCGGAGGAAGCCGCCGCCGCCUCCAUUAAAGCUGGUUUGGAUUUGGAUUGCGGGCCGUUUUUGGCGAUCUUCACGGAAGGUGCGGUGAAGAAAGGAUUGUUAACGGAGAAUGACAUCAAUUUAGCACUUGCUAAUACAUUAACAGUCCAAAUGAGACUUGGUAUGUUUGAUGGUAAUCUUGGGCCGUAUGCUAAUCUUGGGCCACGAGAUGUUUGUUCUCCGGCCCAUAAACAUUUAGCCCUUGAAGCAGCCCAUCAGGGAAUUGUUCUUCUCAAAAACUCUGGUCGCUCUCUUCCACUCUCCCCUAGGCGCCACCGCACCGUCGCCGUGAUCGGACCUAACUCUGAUGUCACUGAGACUAUGAUCGGAAACUAUGCAGGGAAAGCAUGUGCCUAUACGACGCCGUUGCAAGGAAUUUCAAGAUACGCGAGGACACUUCACCAAGCUGGUUGUGCUGGUGUGGCUUGUAAAGGUAACCAAGGAUUUGGUGCGGCUGAGGCAGCGGCGCGUGAAGCCGACGCGACAGUUCUUGUAAUGGGAUUGGAUCAGUCGAUAGAGGCGGAGACACGAGAUCGAACCGGGCUUCUCUUACCGGGUUACCAACAAGACCUAGUGACCCGUGUGGCUCAAGCUUCUAGAGGCCCAGUCAUUUUGGUCCUUAUGAGUGGUGGACCAAUCGAUGUAACCUUCGCUAAGAAUAAUCCACGUGUUGCUGCCAUCAUUUGGGCCGGGUAUCCGGGUCAAGCGGGUGGAGCUGCCAUCGCCAAUAUCAUCUUUGGUGCUGCUAACCCCGGAGGGAAGCUACCAAUGACAUGGUAUCCACAAGAUUAUGUGGCAAAAGUGCCAAUGACAGUAAUGGCCAUGAGAGCAUCCGGAAAUUACCCAGGAAGGACAUACAGAUUUUACAAAGGUCCAGUGGUGUUCCCAUUUGGGUUCGGUUUAAGUUACACUACCUUCACACAUAGUUUGGCCAAAAGCCCAUUGGCCCAACUAUCAGUUUCGCUCUCUAAUCUCAACUCUGCCAAUGCCAUUCUCAACUCUUCAUCACACUCCAUCAAAGUGUCUCACACCAACUGCAAUUCGUUUCCAAAAAUGCCCAUUCACGUCGAAGUGUCAAACACCGGUGAAUACGACGGAACACACACGGUUUUUGUAUUUGCCGAGCCGCCGAAAAACGGAAUAAAAGGAUUGGGUGUGAACAAACAAUUGAUAGCGUUUGAGAAGGUCCAUGUCAUGGCAGGGGCAAAACAGACCGUUCGAGUCGAUGUUGAUGCUUGCAAGCAUCUUGGUGUAGUGGAUGAGUAUGGAAAGAGGAGAAUCCCAAUGGGUGAACAUAAGCUGCAUAUUGGUGUUGUGCGAGGAGUUUUUGGUUGGACCUUUGGGAAUGAAGUCGUAAAUGACUCACUCGCGCAACUCUAUAGGUUCAUGGAAUGGUGUGAAGAUGUUGGUGUGGUGGAUGAGAUUUAUUUUAAAAGUACAUUCAUUUGUGUUGAGGUCACUUUUAGAGAGCUCCGGAUCUCAGUCACCCUUGUCGUUGUUUUCUUCCUCUUAGUUUCCUUUCCAGGGAACACUUAUAGUGAAGAAGACGAUUCAGAGGCAGGAGGUGCAGGUGGAGGAGUUGGAGUUGGCGGGACAGGAUUUGGCGGUGGUGGGACUGGUGUGGGAGGCGGAGGGACAGGUUUUGGCGGAGGAGGAACAGGAGGAUUAGGCGGUGGCGGUGGUAACGGAGGAACAGGAGGAUUAGGCGGUACCGGUGGUAACGGAGGCUUUGGAGGAGGAGGAGCAGGAGGAUUAGGCGGUGGCAGUGGUAACGGAGGCUUUGGAGGAGGAGGAGGAUUAGGUGGGGGUGGUGGUAACGGAGGCUUCGGAGGAGGAGGAUUAGGCGGCGGUGGCGGCGGCUUAGGUGGGGAAGGUCCACCGGAGAUAGUUGCCAAAGCUUUGGAAUGUUUAAAUGAGAAACACAUAUAUAGAGAGUGUGAAGAAACAUGGAGGCUAACGUUAAACGGAGACCUAAAUAUUCCGGUGGCGAGUACGGAGGAGUUCUGCGAAGGACCAUGCUUCUCCGAGACACAUUUGGCUUUGAAUUGCAUUGAAGAAAUUAUUCAUCACUACAGAUUCUUUAACAGAGCCACCAUUCACGACAUCCGUGAAACCCUCAAGUCUGGCUGUAGCUACGGACCUGAACGAGGUGAUUUCAACGUUUUGGAGCAUAUUGAAGAUGAAGAAGAAAAUAGAAGUGAGAAGAUAAAGUCAAAAUCUGGACCGUUGCUUGGGACUGUGUUGUUCACCAUUGCAUUGCUUCUCUAAGACCUUUCUUAAAUUUUAGCCAUUAUCAUGUAUACAUAUGUUGCUUAUCUAAUCAAUACAAUAUAUAUAA